AUGGACCACAACGACGCCUAUGCCAGAUCGCCGCCACGCGUCGCUGCCAGAGACCGCGAUGACUAUCGCAAUGCUGAUCCCUAUGCACGUCGUGGACCAAUAGGUGCGGUUGCUAACUAUGGUGUUGAUUCCUAUAGGCCCAAGUACGCAGACUCAUCAAAUGCAGAUCGUCGUCGCGGCGACCGAGACCGCAGACGCUCACGCUCGCGAUCCCCGAGCAACAUUGACCGCUACCAACCUUCCGAACGAGUUCCACGUGACGACUACUACGGACCACGUGGUCGCGACGAUGGCCACCGUGAACGACGCCGCUCCUCACCGCAACCUCCCGCGAUCGACCGUUACGUCCCAGGCAUGCCUGAGCCGACUCCACCUCCGAUGCUCCACAACCCAAUGGCCGACCCAAUGAAGCUUGAGUUUCAAGUCGGCUUCACGUGGUUUGCCGAGUGGUGGCGCUCCGAGCAGCGCGUCAAGGAAGAGAAAGAAAGAGCCAGGACCGGAAGACCAGCGCCGCGCUUGAGAGGCGAGCGCGAGAUACGUGAAGACCGCGAAGCUGAGAGGCCCAAGAUUCAGGCGGCGUAUGACUCGUACAAGGAGAACCUGCAGAAGUCUCAGGCGCAGACAUUCGUCCGUCUACACAAACAAGAAGACUGGUUCCGCGAGCGUUACGUGUCGGAGAGCAGAGACGCCUUCAGGCGCAGGCUGAUGGACUACCGUCAAGGGCUGUUUGCGCAGUUCCAACACGAUCUGUUUGAUGGCAAGUUUGACGAGUUCACGCUCGAAGGCAUCUACAAGACGGAGUCGAAUGGAUUUGGUGGCGUGAUGGAGAAGGAAGAAGGCGAGGCUACAGCUGCUGCUGAGGUGUUAGGCGUUGGUGACCUGCUACCAUCUAAAGGUGGCGACAUCCGCGACGAGGCGGCUCUCGUACCCACUCUGCUCAUCAAGACGAUUGCGCCAACGGUGACCCGGGAGAAGUUUGAAGCAUUUGCGAAAGAGCAUCUGGGUGAAGGAGCAGGCGGGUUCAAGCACCUAUCACUCUCUGAUCCCAACCCACUUAAGAAGUGCCAUCGCAUGGGCUGGAUCUUACUGAACGAGGGAUCGGAGGCAAACGAUGAGUCGGAGGCAAUCGUGCCAGCUGAAGCGCAGCCGGAGCAGGACGGAGCCGAAGAAGGAGAGAGCAAUGGAGACGCUAUGCAGGUCCAGCGACCCCUCAGUACCAGUGAGAAGGCGCUUCGGAAGAUCGACAAAGAGACCAUCAAAGAUCCGGAGCGUGGCGAUUUUACCGUUCACUGUGGCGUGCAUCGUCCGCCAGAGGCGACAAGGAAGAAGGCACUAUGGGAUCUCUUCUCUGCGCCCGAGCGUAUCGACAAAGACCUGGGGUAUGCAGAGCGCCUUGUUCGCAAGCUCGAUAAUGAGCUGGGUGAUACGUACAUUGCCACCGCCGACGUUGGGAAGCGCGUCGAGUCACUCGUAUCACAUGGCCUUCUACAGCCUGCAGAGAAGCCGACCAAGGAGAUGGACAUGGAUCAAGAUGUUGAAGAAGGUGAGGAAGAUGAAGGCAUUGUGGACGAAGACGAGAGUGAUGACGCAGAACUCCUCGAGAAGAAGAAGAGGCUCGAUCUGCUUGUGGAGUAUCUGCGCCGCGUCCACAACUUCUGCUUCUUCUGCGUAUUCGAAGCAGACUCUGUGCACGAGCUGCAGCGCAAGUGUCCAGGAGGGCAUCUGCGCCGCCCUCGCAGCUCGCUCACCAGUGCUGCGAAAGAAGUCGCGCGCGCUUCUGCCCUUGGAGAACCUUUCCCAUUGAAGAGAUCCGGAGCCAGCAAGAACGACAGUCGCGAUGGUGUUGCGGACCCUGCGAGUGCAGACGUAGAGAUGGGGUUUGAUCUGGAGAGCCCAACCGAGGAGAAGAAGCCCGAGAAGAUGCUGAAGCCGUCCGCGCGUAAUGCAAUGCAGCUGCAGCGGGCUUACAACUGGGUCAAAACGUUCGAAGAGAAGAUCCAGCAGAUUCUGGAGCCCGAGAAGGUCAACUUGAAGAAGCUGGGUGGUGUGCCAGUUGAGGAAGGCUUGGAGGAGGAGCUGACCAAGUACGUCAAGCAAGAAGACAUCAGCAAAUACCGCUGCAAGGUUCCGGAAUGUACCAAGCUGUUUAAAGGCACCGACUUCUGGCGCAAGCACGUCGAGAAGCGUCACGUAGAGUGGUACCAGCAGCUGCGCGCGGACGUCGAGCUCGUCAACACCUACGUUCUCGACCCAGCGCACAUUGCUCCUAGCAGGAGCGAUGCCAACAGCAAUGGCCACUUUCCGAUCGGCAACAACGUCCCCACCGGCACCCCUCGCGGCUUCAACCUCAACCAGCACAUGCCGAUGGGCUAUCCACUCGCCGCAGGCGUACCGGGCAACGCCAUGUCGAUGUUCCCACCGGGCAUGAGCAUGCCGCCUGGCUUCAACCCAAUGGCUAUGCCGGGUAUGCAGGGUGGUUUCGGCCCCGUGCGCAGUGGAGGCCGUCACAUGAUGAACAACGGGCGUAUGGGCGGACCAUACGCGCGCAACGAUGGGCGCGGACGUGGACCUGGUGGUCGUGGUGGGAUGCCGAUGAUGCCGCCGGGGAUGGGCAUGGGGAUGUCGAUGGAGGGGGGUGCGGGGGCGAUGGGGCCGCAGGAGGCGGUGCAGGGGAGGAGCUUGAGGAGUUAUGAGGACUUGGAUGCGGCGGGGCCGGAGAAGGAGACGACUGCUGAGCUGGAUUAUUGA